CGUGUCUUUGAUUGGAGGGAAACCCCGUGGAUGAGCGGGAGAGAUCAUCAGCUGUGCGACCGGGAAUCAGGAACAACAUCGUCUAACGAUUCUCACAGCCCACGCAGGAGCCAUGACUGACAGGGCUGACCUGGUACAGAAGGCCAAACUGGCCGAGCAGGCUGAGCGCUAUGAUGACAUGGCCGCAGCCAUGAAAGACGUGACACAGGGGUCCCCCGAACUCAGCAACGAGGAGCGCAACCUGCUCUCUGUUGCCUACAAGAAUGUGGUGGGGGCUAGGAGGUCUUCCUGGAGGGUGAUAUCCUCCCAAUUGUGUAAGAUUAGAGACAACGAAGUUAUGGCCAAACUGACCAAGGAGUACUUAGAGGUUAUCGAAGAGGAGCUGAAAAAAAUCUGCAAUGAAGUACUGGAGCUGCUUGAACGCUUUCUGAUCCCGGAAGCUAAACUUGCAGACAGCAAAGUCUUCUACCUGAAGAUGAAGGGGGACUACUAUCGCUACCUGGCUGAGGUGGCUGACGGAGAGGAAAAAAAGCAGGUCGUUGAGAAGUCACGAAUAGCUUACGAUGAAGCCAUGGAAACCGCCAAGGAUAAUAUGGAUGCUACACAUCCCAUCCGCCUUGGCCUCGCCUUGAACUUCUCUGUCUUCUACUACGAGAUCGCCUGCUCACCUGACUGUGCCUGCAAACUGGCCAAGAGCGCUUUUGAUGAUGCCAUUGCCAAGCUGGACAACCUCAACAGUGACUCCUACAAAGACAGCACCUUGAUCAUGCAGCUGCUCCGUGACAAUCUGACUCUGUGGACAUCAGAUGUCCAGGGUGACUGCGAUGGAGAAGGAGAGGAGACGGAGGGCCAGCAGGUAGUUCAGCAGAAGUGAACUUCAGAGAAAAGAAAAUCAAGAAAAACACACAUUUUUUACCUCUCACCAGCCUAAGUUGUGUAUGUGGUUGUGUGUGCACAUACAUGCAUGGAUAUGUAUGUUUACACUCCACUCACAAUGUGUAAAGUACAGUAUGUUUGUGCAGAUACAUUAAAGUGUGUGCUAUUUGUAUGAGCACCUCCACAGAGAAAAGAAUGGUAUACAUUUGUUUUUGUUUCUUUCUGAACAUUACUCAUUGUUUCAGUGGAUGUUUAUUUUGUUUUUGUGUUUGUUUGUUUUUUCUUUGUCCAUGUUUCAGUCCAUCCAUGGAAUCCCUCCUUUCCAUCCAAAUCAGCCCCGUGCUCUCUAACCUUUUUCACUGUAGCAAACUGCUGCUGUCGCAGGAAAACAAACAAAAAACCUCUAAGUGUAAUUUUGAUAAUUUGUAUGUUUUUACUUGAACUCAGCAUUUACAAUCUUUGUGACACUUGGAUCUACAAAAUCCUUGUUAGCACGUAAACUGUAAAAGAAAAGAAAAGAAAAAAAUUGGUCUGACUUGACUAAAUUUAAGUUCUUGUCUGGCGAUAGCAGUGGUCAUAUCUCUGGCAGAAUUUGCCUUGUUAAAGAUCUGUUACUGUUUUGCUUGUAUCCAUCCCGCCCUGUCAGUGUCCAGUGUAGCAGGUCGUGUUUUUAUGGAUGGUACAUGUGUCGCCGCUCAGUGGGUUCUAUGUGCAUUCGGGCGAAGGGAAGGCUUUUUUCAGUGUGAAUGGCCACUUGCGAAAAACUGUAGUUGAACUUUGGUUCAUGGUUUUCUUGAGAGGAUUACAUUCCAUUUUACUGACAUCUUUUCACUCUCUGUGAAAUGCGUAGACUAUAGUUUUUUGCAAUUUUCCACAACACAUGACAAGGUAUAGACGGCCUGAGACAAAGUGAACAACUUGACAAAAUGGCUCAAUACUGUAACUUUUGAUAUUUUAUCUUUUCAGCAGUGCAGAGGAUACUUUUGCCAUGUGCUUUUAUGUGGCUUUCUACUCUUUUUCUAUACAGGUGUUUUGUAUUUUCUUUGUUUUCUUUGUGUGUAUUUUAUUCCCUUUGACUCUUGAUUUGACUCCUGGAAUGUAUGUGGUUCUCAGUAGUAUGGUGUGAGGGUUAGCCGUGCUUCGAAACUGGCAGGUUUUGUUUAGGACUUAGCUUGAACCAGGUGGUUCACAGUAACAUUUACCUUCCUUGAACAUACAUAUUGAAAAGACAAACUAAAACAAUGAAAAAUAUAAACUGACUAUUAAAGUAACUUGGUAGAAAGCUGUGUUCUGACCAUUUAGUAGUCAUAAAGUAAUGCCAGUUUCUCUUAAUUACAGUUGUUUUGGUUUUAAAAUGAUGGGAUGCAGGAUUCUGAAUUGGGAAGUCACACUCUGAAUAUGUUAUUUGGUUAUGUGCUUUCAUGUAAGUGGGAUUAAAACAUUAAUAUCAA